AAAAAUACUCUUAUAGUCUGAAAAAUUGCAAAACUGUUCAGCUAUCUUAACAUGUUAAUAAUCAUUUAUCUAUUCAGGUCAGUGCUAAACUAAAAUAUAGGAUUCUGAAUUGAUUCAAACACUACUGAAACGUGUUUAUAAUUAAACUCCAUGAGGUAUCAGAUAAUUACAUAUAGGCUGAUUGCUGUUUACAAAGCUAUUAUUCCUUUUAAAUUCUUGGCGAAGGUAUUGUUGUUUGAUCCUGAGAAUGGAGAUAUAACGAACAAAUUUAUCACGGCCCUGAAGACUAAUGUUCCAGUAAAAUAUGGAUUAACGCUCGUCCAUUCAAGCAGUCCUGAGAAAUACAUGGAUAUUCCGCUUGUCCUAGUCGUCAGAUGUAGGACACUAAGAUUUGAAGAUGAUCUAGAUGCUGCGAUAGCUGUGACAAAAGAAAAAACAUUAAAGUGCCCAGAGAUUAUAAUUUACUUCCAUAUGAAAGAUCAAUAUGACUGGUCGGAAACAGCUAAACUAGCAGCAGAAAAGAAUAAGUAUUCACAGAUAACGAUCAUCAAUAUGAAUUUUACCCGAGAAAAACUUUCCUAUUUUACGCCUUUUGGCAUUUUGAUGAAAGAUGUUAAUAGGCGAGCGUAUGACAGAUUAAACGAACGCAUCAACUCUCUGGCAAGGUUUGAGUACAAAUUGUUUAUAUAUGACGCAAUCGCAACCAACCAAUCAGAGACGACAUUCGAAGAAUUAGAGAAGUUCAUGCACAGACGAUUGCAUGUAGAGAAAACCAAAGACCCAAAAGACAAGGUGCCACUAGCUGUAAUCUACACCCUCAAAAAGAUUUCGGUUCGCUAUUGGAAGGAUUUAAAGGAUCUCAAGCCUCAGAUCCUAUUCUUUUUCGCCUCUGUACUCGACCAGAUGUUGCGAGGAAAGCAACCGAAUUUGAAGAGAUUUAUAUAGAUAUAUGUGACAAGGAAAGGAACUUUAUUAUAUUUGAUAUGGGACAAAAAUUGAUUGACUUCGUAAGAUUGUCUUACAUCAAUAACAAAAAGAACACCGUAAAAGCACCAAAAAAACAAAAAGGAUAAAAGUUUGGAAGAUACUGACAAGGACGAACAAGUAGAAAAUGCACAUUCAUUACAACUUCCAAUUGGAAUUAGUUCUGUGUUACCUCGUGACAUGAAGAUUGUCUAUAAAACAGAACCCUUUUCGAUAAAUUAGUAAAACCAAAAAUAAAUUGAUCUAUUUAUGUCUUAAAACAGAUUAGCAAAGGAGUUUUAAAAUAUGCUUUUACAUUAACUUGUUAAAGUAACAUGGUUUAUGAUAAGCAUUUAGGCUACUUGUAGAUAGUCUGCAAAAUACAAAAAAAAAACUUUAAGGUAAACCCAAGAAUAAAUGAAUCUGUCUUCGUCUAAAACAGAUUCAUGAAGGAUAUUUGAAAUAUGGGUUACAGUGACAUAGUGUAUUUGUUUUUGUAAUUUAUAUAAGAAUAGGAAUAGGUAAAGAAAACGGAAUUAGUUUAUUUGAGUCUAGUAAUAUCAGGAUCCCUUGAUAAAUGAGAGAGUUCUGGAGAAUAAUUACCCAUCGACAAA